AAUUAUCAAAUACAAAUUUCAUAAAAAUGAAACAACUAAUAUGCAGAUUGUGUUUAACGGAUUCCUCUAAAGAUACCAUGCAUUUGCUGACAGUAGGGUGUGAGAUUAUUAACAAGUUAUCAUUUUGUUUGUCACAUCAUAUAGACAUUACUCCGGAUUUACCAAGCGUAAUCUGUGAUAUAUGUUUUAAGACAGUAGAAGAAAUAUUUAUUUUUAGAGAGAAGAUAAUUAAAAAUGAGUCUUUCUUGCAGAAUAAAUUAAAUGAUCCAAUAAGUGAGAUCAAAUGUGAAUCUAUUGUUAAGUUUGAUACCAAAACUGUUUCUAAUGAACAGAUAGAAAUAUAUACAUGUGAUGAGGAAAAUAUAGAACAUAGAGAUUUUGUCUUAGAUGUAGAAACAAAAGCAGAAUUACAGGAAACAAAAUGUAACAUAAAAGAUGAGGAUAAUGUUUCUGAUGAUAAUUUAAACACUGAGGAGAUUUCAUCUGAAGAAACACAGGUUUUACAUCAGAGUAAUUUGAAUUUAUUGGAAAACAAUAUGUGUUUGACUUGUUUUAAAAAGUUUCCAAGCAGGUUAGACCUUUUAGAUCACUACCAAAAUGAGGAAAGACUGAAGCAUAGUACAAAUGACACAGAAAAUAUAGAACAAUUAAAGUAUAAGAUUCUUAAUGUAAAUGGAAGUAUUGUUUACAAAUGUGAACAGUGCAGUAAGGAAUACAGAAGUGAAAAGUUUAUUAAAAGACAUUUCGCAACUCAUAAAGAUAGACCAUUCUUAUGUAAAUUUUGUGGUAGAACGUAUAGAACAGCAAUAGAGUUUGUGAACCACGCCAAGGUUCAUGGAGGCGAGACAUUUGUGUGCUCCUUCAAGUGUGGCUACAGUUCUGUACAUAAACACGUUGUAAAGGAUCAUGAAAGGCGCCAUAGAAAGGAAUUUAAGUACACAUGCGAGACGUGCGGUAAACAGUUCCAAGUGAAGACGUGGUAUCUCCAGCACCAAAAUAUACACACUGGCGCCAAACCGUAUGUGUGCAACUUCUGUGGCAUGGCGUUUCCUUUAGACAGGUACCUUACACAGCACAGGAAUACCGUGCACCCGAAAGAAGUGACUCAGAAGCGCUAUCUUUGCAUACAUUGCUCUAUCCCGUGUAGUUCAAAGCAUGGGCUAGCAUUGCAUUUAAAGGAACACGAUAGUUCUACGUUGGAGUCACUAUGCGAUGAAUGCGGUAAGGUGCUGAAGAACGCGCGCCAACUAAAGUGCCAUAAACGUAUACACAUGAACCCCAAGCCGUAUGUGUGUGGGACAUGCGACAAAACAUUCACUAAGAAAUGUUACUUGGUGGUUCACGAGUUGAGUCACACUGACACAAGGUACCCAUGUGACGGGUGUACUAAGAGGUUCACACAACGAAGUAGCCUCAAUAGACAUCUGUUAAGAUGUCGCCAGUUAACAAAAAAGUGUGGCAAAUGUUCCAAGACUUUUUACAACAAGACAGACUUUAUGAAACACAAUAAAACUUGCAACUGAC